AUGCUUGGCGCGGCAGUAGAAGAGAUAAAGCAGAAACACAAAGUCCUGGUUCUGUCAGGGAAGGGGGGAGUGGGGAAGAGCACCUUCAGUGCACACCUGGCCCACGGUUUAGCAGGUGACGAGUCUAAAGAGAUUGCUCUGCUUGAUGUUGACAUCUGUGGGCCGUCAAUACCGAGGAUCAUGGGGCUGGAGGGAGAGCAGGGUCACCACAGUGGCUCCGGGUGGUCUCCAGUGGGGGUCUCCCUGCAGGAUGUCCAGAAAGAGAUCGCUUUCUGGCGGAAGGUGAAUCUGCCGAUUAUCGGAGUGGUUGAGAACAUGAGCGGCUUUGUGUGUCCCAGGUGCAAGAAUAAUUCUCAGAUCUUCCCUCCUACCACUGGAGGUGUGGAGAAGAUGAAGGAGCUGAACAUUCCUCUGCUUGGGAAAGUGCCUUUGGACCCGCGGAUAGGAAAGAGCUGCGAUGAAGGGAAGUCUUUCUUAUCAGGAGUGCCAGAAUCUGCAGCCACAGCUGCCUAUAGAAGUAUAAUUCACAGGAGACGGUCUGCUGGCAUGAAACAGGAGUCCCAGGCAACAUGGAAAUCUGUUUGCCUUCCAGAGCUGUAAGAAUAAACAAAAACCUAACCCCGGAAUAUUGUAAAAGUGUUUGUAGUGUGUGUUUUUGCAACUCAAGAAUUAAACAGAGAAACAAAGAACCCCAC